AUGAGAGAUACAGUAUUGGCCACCCUUCGAUAUGCUCGAGGAGAUGGCGAGAAGCUGCUGACGGAGAAACCAUAUAUUCUGACGUAUCCGACAUCAGAAGGCAUACCAUGGUCGAAUUUUACCAUUGAUUUUCAUCCCGGAAUCAAGAUCCAUAGCCUCCGGUCGGCCAACCUGGAUUACAACAGGAGUGGGCUGGCCAUGGGCGAGCUCGAGAGUUGUAUGCCUCCAAGUGAUUUCGAUGACGAGUCGAAGAUAGAGAGUACAUACUUGCCAGCAGUACAUCGUUGCCUGCAGAAGACUCUCGGGGCGAAGGAAAUCUACAUCUUCGACUACAUGAUCAGGAAGAGAAAGCCAGAAUUCCUCAAGACAUCUCCAUCGCAGGACCAAGGUCCUCAACCAGCGCUUUCUGCCCACAUUGACUACACCACGAAAGAAAUCGAGGAGCGUCUCCAGAACUAUUUCGGCAGCAAGGCACCGGAGCUCAAGAACAGACAUUUUCAGGCAAUCAAUGCAUGGAAGCCGUUGAAAGGGCCCCUUCGAGAUUACCCGUUGGCGUACUGCGAUGCAAGCACGGUCAACACAUCCACCGACCUGAUGGUGACGGACGAAGUGUUCCCGAACAUCGUCAACGAGAUCUAUCAGGCGCUGUAUAGCCCCGCUCACCGAUGGUAUUGGAUUCCUGAUCAAACGGAGACGGAGUUGGCGAUAUUCGUGGGAUAUGAUUCGCGUCAGGAGGCGCAACUGGCGGUACCGCACUGUUCGUUUGAUCUGGGGCACUUGAGUGAAGGAGAGCCGCGCCAGAGUAUCGAAGUUCGCGCUCUGGUGUUCUUCGAUUGA